CAGCCUACAGCUUCGUGAACACUUCUGGACUUUUAUUUUGAAGCGCGUGACCUCAUUUACCCCGGAAGCUGUACUCUUUGCUGUUGCGAACGUCACACAGUUUGAGCAAGAUGGCGUCUGGUAGAAAGGUGUGUUAGCAGAGUGUCUUUGUUGUGUUUUUAAAGUGUGAACAUGUCUAAAGUCCAAAUGCUGAGAUCGUUGGUGAAGCAGCGACUAACUGCGGCUGCUGAAGAGAUAUUUGGGCUGGUUGAAAGAACGAUAGCAGAGUACGAGGAGGAACUUUGUCGAUCAAAAGAGGAGAACGAGCGACAACGGAAACUAAUGGACGCUGUUUUCAACCCUCAGCUUCGGUUACACAGAGCAGACGUCCAGCAGCUGUUGGUGGUUAAAGAAGAGGUUCCCCCUGAGCAGCAGGAGUGGAGCUCCAGUGUGGACCAGGAGGACCCAGAGCCUCCACACAUUAAAGAGGAACAGGAGGAACUCUGGAUCAGUCAGGAGGGAGAGCAGCUUCAAGGGCUGGAGGAGGAUGAUAUCACCAAGUUCACAUCCACUCCUGUCCCUGUGAAGAGUGACGAUGAUGAAGAGACACCUCAGUCCUCACAGCUUCAUCAAAGACACACUGAACAGAUGGAAACAGAAGCAGAGGGAGAGGACUGUGGAGGAGCAGAACCAGCCAGGAACUUAGAUCCAGAUACACAUUUACAACCUGAGACUGAUGACAAGUCUGGAGAGUCCUCUGGACCUGAGACUGAUGACAGUGAUGAUUGGAAGGAGACCAGAGAACCUCAGUCAGACGUCCAGCAGCUGUCGGUGGUUAAAGAAGAGGUUCCCCCUGAGCAGCAGGAGUGGAGCUCCAGUGUGGACCAGGAGGACCCAGAGCCUCCACACAUUAAAGAGGAACAGGAGGAACUCUGGAUCAGUCAGGAGGGAGAGCAGCUUCAAGGCCUGGAGGAGGAUGAUAUCACCAAGUUCACAUCCACUCCUGUCCCUGUGAAGAGUGAAGAUGAUGAAGAGAAACCUCAGUCCUCACAGCUUCAUCAAAGACACACUGAGCAGAUGGAAACAGAAGCAGAGGGAGAGGACUGUGGAGGACCAGAAGCAGCCAGGAACUCAGAUCCAGAUACACAUUUACAACCUGAGACUGAUGACAGUGAUGAUUGGACGGAGACCAGAGAACCUCAGUCAGAUGUCCAGCAGCUGUCGGUGGUUAAAGAAGAGGUUCCCCCUGAGCAGCAGGAGUGGAGCUCCAGUGUGGACCAGGAGGACCCAGAGCCUCCACACAUUAAAGAGGAACAGGAGGAACUCUGGAUCAGUCAGGAGGGAGAGCAGCUUCAAGGGCUGGAGGAGGAUGAUAUCACCAAGUUCACAUCCACUCCUGUCCCUGUGAAGAGUGAAGAUGAUGAAGAGAAACCUCAGUCCUCACAGCUUCAUCAAAGACACACUGAACAGAUGGAAACAGAAGCAGAGGGAGAGGACUGUGGAGGAGCAGAACCAGCCAGGAACUCAGAUCCAGAUACACAUUUACAACCUGAGGCUGAUGACAAGACGAGAGAGUCCUCUGAACCUGAGAGCUCCAGGGUGGACCAGGAGGACCCAGAGCCUCCACACAUUAAAGAGGAACAGGAGGAACUCAGUCAGGAGGGACAGCAGCUUCAAGGGCUGGAGGAGGAUGAUAUCAUCAAGUUCACAUUCACUCCUGUCCUUGUGAAGAGUGAAGAUGAUGAAGAGAAACCUCAGUCCUCACAGCUUCAUCAAAGACAAACACAGCAGAUGGAAACAGAAGCGGAAGGAGAGGACUGUGGAGGAGCAGAACCAGCCAGGAACUCAGAUCCAGAUACACAUUUACAACCUGAGACUGAUGACAGUGAUGAUUGGAAGGAGACCAGAGAACCUCAGUCAGGUGUUGCUGGACCGCAGAUGCCUGCACUUGCACCCACUUUUGUGGAAGCGAUUACAAAGCUGGAGCAAACAAUUGAGCAGCUCAAGAUGAAAAGAGACAAGCUCCGUAGUGCAGCGGUAAAUGCACUCAAGACACCAGGCACAAGCGUGCCACCAGCAGCUGCAAACUUAGCAGCUCACAAGCGCAAAUGGGAGUCCUCCUCCUCCUCCUCCUCCUCGUCCUCCUCCUCCUCCUCCUCCUCCUCCUCAACCUCAAGGGAAUCAUCUCCGGAGAGAAAGAACGGGAAGCACAAGAAAAGACACCACAAGAAAGGGAAGGACAAGAAAGUGAAAAAGAGGAAGGAGAAGUUUCCCAAAAGAGACGUCCAGCAGCUGUUGGUGGUUAAAGAAGAGGUUCCCCCUGAGCAGCAGGAGUGGAGCUCCAGUGUGGACCAGGAGGACCCAGAGCCUCCACACAUUAAAGAGGAACAGGAGGAACUCUGGAUCAGUCAGGAGGGAGAGCAGCUUCAAGGGCUGGAGGAGGAUGAUAUCACCAAGUUCACAUCCACUCCUGUCCCUGUGAAGAGUGAAGAUGAUGAAGAGAAACCUCAGUCCUCACAGCUUCAUCAAAGACACACUGAACAGAUGGAAACAGAAGCAGAGGGAGAGGACUGUGGAGGAGCAGAACCAGCCAGGAACUCAGAUCCAGAUACACAUUUACAACCAGAGACUGAUGACAAGACUGGAGAGUCUUCUGAACCAGAGACUGAUGACAGUGAUGAUUGGAAGGAGACCAGAGAACCUCAGUCAGACGUCCAGCAGCUGUCAGUGGUUAAAGAAGAGGUUCCCCCUGAGCAGCAGGAGUGGAGCUCCAGUGUGGACCAGGAGGACCCAGAGCCUCCACACAUUAAAGAGGAACAGGAGGAACUCUGGAUCAGUCAGGAGGGAGCGCAGCUUCAAGGGCUGGAGGAGGAUGAUAUCACCAAGUUCACAUUCACUCCUGUCCCUGUGAAGAGUGAAGAUGAUGAAGAGAAACCUCAGUCCUCACAGCUUCAUCAAAGACACACUGAACAGAUGGAAACAGAAGCAGAGGGAGAGGACUGUGGAGGAGCAGAACCAGCCAGGAACUCAGAUUUGGACAGACAUUUACAACCAGAAAUUGAUGACAAGACUGAAGAGUCUUCUGAUCCAGAAACUGAUGACAGUGAUGAUUGGAAGGAGACCAGAGAACCUCAGUCGGGUUUAAACUCUCUGAAAAAUGAUCAAGUCUCUGUCAAUGAUUUGGUUGUUGGUGAGAAAGGAUUUAGCUGCUCUGAGUGUGGGAAAAGAUUUGGUCACAGUGGAGAUCUGAAGAAACACAUGAGAACGCAUACAGGAGAGAAACCAUUUAGCUGUUCUGAGUGUGGGAAAAGAUUUGGUCACCGUGGAGAUCUGAAGAAACACAUGAGAACUCAUACAGGAGAGAAACCAUUUAGCUGCUCUGAGUGUGGCAAAAGAUUUGGUCACAGUGGAGAUGUUAAGAAACACAUGAGAACUCAUACAGGAGAGAAACCAUUUGGCUGCUCUGGGUGUGGGAAAAGAUUUAGUCGUCGUGGAAUUCUGAAGCAACACGUGAUGGCUCGUACAGGAGAGAAACCAUUUAGCUGCACUGAGUGUGAGAAAAUAUUUUGUUACAGUGGCGAUCUGAAGAAACACAUGAGAUUUCAUUCUGGGGAGAAACCAUUUACCUGUUCUAAGUGUGGCAAAAGAUUUGGUCACAGUGGAGAUCUGAAGAAACACAUGAGAUUUCAUACAGACGUCCAGCAGCUGUUGGUGGUUAAAGAAGAGGUUCCCCCUGAGCAGCAGGAGUGGAGCUCCAGUGUGGACCAGGAGGACCCAGAGCCUCCACACAUUAAAGAGGAACAGGAGGAACUCUGGAUCAGUCAGGAGGGAGAGCAGCUUCAAGGGCUGGAGGAGGAUGAUAUCAUCAAAUUCACAUCCACUCCUGUCCCUGUGAAGAGUGAAGAUGACGAAGAGAAACCUCAGUCCUCACAGCUUCAUGAAAGACAAACUCAGCAAAUGAGAACAGAAGUGGAAGGAGAGGACUGUGGAGGACCAGAACUAGCCAGGAAUUCAUAUUUGGAUACACAUUUUCAACCAGAGACUGAUGACAAAACUGGAGCGUCUUCUGAACCAGAGACUGAUGACAGUGAUGAUUGGAAGGACACCAGAGAACCUCAGUCAGGUUUAAACUCUCUGAAAAAUGAUCAAGUCUCUGUCAAUGAUUUGAUUGUUGACGUCCAGCAGCUGUUGGUGGUUCAAGAAGAGGUUCCCCCUGAGCAGCAGGAGUGGAGCUCCAGUGUGGACCAGGAGGACCCAGCGCCUCCACAGAUUAAAUGGGAACAGGAGGAAUUCCGGAUCAGUCAGGAGGGAGAGCAGCUUCAAGGGCUGGAGGACGAUGAUAUCACCAAGUUCACAUCCACUCUUGUGACUGUGAAGAGUGAAGAUGAUGAAGAGAAACCUCAGUCCUCACAGCUUCAUCAAAGACACACUGAACAGAUGGAAACGGAAGCAGAGGGAGAGGACUGUGGAGGAGCAGAACCAGCCAGGAACUCAGAUCCAGAUACACAUUUACAACCUGAGGCUGAUGUCAGUGAUGAUUGGAAGGAGAGCAGAGAACCUCAGUCAGACGUCCAGCAGCUGUUGGUGGUUAAAGAAGAGGUUCCCCCUGAGCAGCAGGAGUGGAGCUCCAGUGUGGACCAGGAGGACCCAGAGCCUCCACACAUUAAAGAGGAACAGGAGGAACUCAGGAUCAGUCAGGGGGGAGAGCAGCUUCAAGGGCUGGAGGAGGAUGAUAUCAUCAAGUUCACAUUCUCUCCUGUCCCUGUGAAGAGUGAAGAUGAUGAAGAGAAACCUCAGUCCUCACAGCUUCAUGAAAGACAAACUCAGCAGAUGAGAACAGAAGUGAAAGGAGAGGACUGUGGAGGAGCAGGACCAGCCAGGAAUUCAGAUUUGGAUAGACAUUUACAACCAGAGACUGAUGACAAGACUGGAGCGUCUUCUGAACCAGAAACUUAUGACAGUGAUGGUUGGAAGGAGACCAGAGAACCUCAGUCAGGUUUAAACUCUCUGAAAAAUGAUCAAGUCUCUGUCAAUGAUUUGAUUGUUGGUGAGAAACGAUUUAGCUGCUCUGAGUGUGGGAAAAGAUUUGGUUACAGUGGAGAUCUGAAGAAACACAUGAGAACUCAUACAGGAGAGAAACCAUUUAGCUGUUCUGAGUGUGGAAAAAGAUUUUGUUACAGUGGUGAUCUGAAGAAACACAUGACAUUUCAUUCUGGGGAGAAACCAUUUAGCUGUACUGAGUGUGGGAAAAUAUUUUGUUACAGUGGAGAUCUGAAGAAACACAUGAGAAUUCAUACAGGAGAAAAACCAUUUAGCUGCUCUGAAUGUGGGAAAACCUUCUGUUAUAGUGGAGAUCUCAACAAACACAUGAGAUUUCACACAGGUGAGAAACCAUUUAGCUGCUCUGAGUGUGGGAAAAUAUUCGGUUACAGUGGAGAUCUGAACAAACACAUGAGAUCUCAUACAGGAGAGAAACCGUUUAGCUGCUCUGAAUGUGGGAAAACAUUUGGUUACAGUAAAAGUCUUAAAGUACACAUGAAAGCUCAUAUAGGAGAGAAACCAUUUAGCUGCUCUGAGUGUGGGAAAAGAUUUGGUCGUCGUGCAAUUCUGGCAGUACACAUGAGAUCUCAUACAGGAGAGAAACCAUUUAGUUGUUCUGAGUGUGGGAAAAGAUUUGGUGACAGUGGAGAUCUGAAGAAACACAUGAGAACUCAUACAGGAGAGAAACCAUUUAGCUGUUCUGAGUGUGGAAAAAGAUUUGCUCACACUGGAGAUCUGAAGAAACACAUGAGAAUUCAUACAGGAGAAAAACCAUAUAACUGCUCUGAGUGUGGCAAAGGCUUUGGUGAAAAGGGAGAUCUGAAGAUACACAUGAGAUGUCAUACAGGAGAGAAACCAUUUAGCUGUUCAGUUUGUGGGAAAUCAUUUACACAAAAUGCACAUUUACAGACACACUUUAAAAUUCAUGAUAGAGAUAAGUGAUUCAACUGUUCAGUCACUUGGCCUAAGAAGGAUACGAGAGAAACAGCCAGCUUUUUGGGGGGUGGGGGCAGUCGACUGAUGGGAGUGUGCUUAUCUGUGUGCGCACGCGCAUGUGUCCAUAUGUGUGCACGUGCGCACAUUGAAGAAGAACUCUGCCAUGAGCGAUGCAGUGAGCAGAGGAGAACUGUGCGACCAUGUACAGACAGAAAUGACAUGCCACACAGUUUUAGACAGGUCCUCAGACUCUGUAGUGACAAGAACCAAAGCAGCCAAGAACAUGUGUCAUGCUUAAGGGAGACCUACUAAACUUGAGUAAACAAAAAGCUCAAAUAUAACCUCUUGAACACAUACAGAAUAGAAAUAAAUAUUCUUUGAACCAAACACAGAUGCCAUGAAUUGGGGGGAAAGGCGCAGAAAGUCUUGGCAGUUGAAGACAGGGGAGAAAUCGAGAAUUGUUAAUUCCAUAGAAACUGAAAAUGGGACUGUAGCAAGAAACCUGAAAGAAAUGAAUGAUUGCUUUAAACACUAUUAUUCUGCAUAAUAUACAUGGAAGUCCACAGAUGACCCUGCCACAAUUGAUACAUUCUUAUUAACUAUUGAACUACCAAACUUAACAGAGGAGGACCAGGAGGAGAUGAACUCCCCCUUCACUCAAAAAGAAAUCAAAAAAGCCAUCUCCUCAUUACAGUCUAAUAAAUCACCCGGU